GUCGACGGGGUCACGUAACGCGCGAAACAAAAAUCUCCCGGGAAAAAAUAGGGGCAUUUUUUUUUGCUGUGUCAUUCUUCCGAAGCUGUUACCUUCAGAGCUGAUGCCCGCCACUGCWGAAAUCCACGCCGGAGACAUGCAGCAGGAGGCCGCCUGUCAGACGCAGGACAGACCGGCGGAGAGGAAGAGGACCUCCGGCUUUCUGUGCGAUGAACGCGGUUACCUGGACCUGGUCGAGCACAUCAUGGAGAACGGCCGCAGGAAGGGAGACCGAACCGGGACAGGAGUCGUUUCUGUGUUCGGUGCUCAAGUCAGAUACAGCCUGCGAGACCAGUUUCCCCUGCUGACCACCAAGAGAGUUUUCUGGAAAGGGAUCCUUGAAGAACUGCUGUGGUUCAUCAAGGGAUCAACAAACGCCAAGGAGCUGUCAGAGAAAGGUGUGAAGAUCUGGGAUGCCAACGGGUCCCGAGCCUUCCUGGACAACCUGGGCUUUACAGGCCGAGAGGAGGGGGACCUCGGUCCUGUUUACGGGUUUCAGUGGAGACACUUUGGUGCAGAAUACAAAGACAUGCACACAGAUUACACGGGACAGGGUGUGGACCAGCUGCAGAACAUUAUCGACACCAUCAAGAAAAACCCAGAGGACCGGAGGAUCAUCAUGUGCGCUUGGAACCCAAAAGACCUCCCCCUCAUGGCUCUGCCCCCCUGCCACGCUCUGUGUCAGUUCUACGUCUGUGACGGCGAGCUGUCCUGUCAGCUGUACCAGCGCUCGGCCGACAUGGGUCUGGGGGUGCCUUUCAACAUCGCCAGCUACGCUCUUCUCACCUACAUGAUCGCACACAUCGCAGGACUCGAGCCUGGAGACUUCGUUCACACUCUGGGAGACGCGCACGUCUACAUCAACCAUAUCGAACCUCUUAAAGUGCAGCUCCAGAGGGAGAUUCGGAGUUUCCCCACACUGAAAAUCAGGAGAAAAGUGGAAACCAUCGACGACUUCCAGGCAGAGGACUUUGAGAUCUGUGACUACAACCCACACCCCACCAUCAAGAUGCAGAUGGCAGUGUGAAGGUCCAAAUCAUCUGAUGAUUGUUGCACUGUGUGUAGGUUUAAAUGGCAGUUUGCCCCAGUUACAGAAAGGGACCUAAUAGAGAUGUUGCUGUUUAAUGGGUAACGAUGUAGCAGAAAAUGUUAUAUUUUUCAUGUUAUGAGAAAAUGGCCUUGUUUUUUUGGCAUUUAAAUGUGCUUUAUAGUGUUUUCUAUUAAUAAAUUAUCUAAAUCUAAGUAAAAAUGUGAUGAUUGUAAUCAAACACUGAACAUUAAAAAGACAAAUUGUUACUGA